AUGGGGAGUUGGAAGGGACGUGCGCGGAUGGGGGAGCAGCGGAAGGAUGCGGGGUCCCGCAGAGGGCGGAUCGAAGGGCGGGUGGGGCGUGGGGACGGCUGCGGCGGGAGCGACGAUGGCGGCGGAGUGCCUGGAGGUGGGGCGGCGACUGCAGCAGGCCAUGUGGGACAUCGAGCAGCGGUGAGCAGCGAGCAGGGAGCGGUGAGAGCAGCGGUGAGAGCAGCGGUGAGAGCAGCGGUGAGAGCAGCGGUGAGCGGAGCGGUGAGAGCGGCGGUGAGAGUGGCGAGUGGGGGAGAGAAGGGAUGGGAUGGCAGAACAAGCUACGGCGUGGACGUGGUGCAGCAGAGUGCAGUAAACCAAACCCUCGGGCCUCCCUCCCGCUGCAUCACUUUCUGCUGCUGCCGCUGCCAGGGAGGCGCUCACCUAGGCCCCCACCUCCUCCCCCUCCCCACGUCCCCCCCGUCGUCUCCCCCCUCCCCCCGCCAUCCCCGCGUCGUCGACCCGCCGCUACACGGCUUCGUGGUGGUGGUGGCAGGGAGGCUGACCAUGGCCUAUCUUCCCCUCCUCCCCAUCCCCGCCUCCCCACUGUCGCCCCCACCCCAACCCCCCUUCUUCCCUGCUGCCAGCUGUGGCGUGGAAGUGGUGCAGAAGAGGAGCGCACUGCUUCCUGGUGCUGCUGGCGAAGCUGCUGGCGGGCAGGACACUCACCUGUGUCCCCACCGCGCCACUGUUGCCCCCACCACCCCGGCCCCCCUUCUCUCCCCCAGCUACGGCGUGGACGUGGUGCAGAGGAGCUUCGCGUUCGACCCGCCGCUGCACCGCUUCCUGGUGCUGCUGGCGAAGCUGCUGGCGGGGCGGGCGCUCACGGUGGUGGCGGUGGGCGGCUCCAUCUCCGCCGCGGGCCACCUGCCGGGCGGCGUCAUGCACGGCACCGGCACGUAUGGCCAGGCACUCGUUGAUUGGCUGCAGCAGGUGCGUGUGUGGUUGUGGGAUGGGCAAGAGGAGGAGGGCCGCGGGCCACCUGCGAGGCGGCGUCAUGCACGGCACGGGAACAUAUGGCCAGGCGCUUGUGGACUGGCUGCAGCAGGUGCGCUUGUGGACUGGCUGCAGCAGGUGCGCUUGUGGACUGGCUGCAGCAGGUGCGCUUGUGGACUGGCUGCAGCAGGUGCGCUUGUGGACUGGCUGCAGCAGGUGUUCCCGACACCGCCCUCAACCCCUCCGCACCGUCUCAUCCGGGCCUUCCUGCCCGGGGCGGGGUCAUUCGUGCUGCACUUCUGCACGGGGGAGCUGGUGGGGGCGCUGUGGGCGGACGGGGACGAGCAGCGGCGCGCAGCGGGGGAGGCGGACAUAGUGCUGCUGGAGUGCGCCGCCAAUGACUGGUCCGUGCUGCAGCCCGGCAUGACCCCGCCCCCAGAGCCCUGGGUGGAAUGGCAUGGUGGAAUGGCAUGGUGGGAUGGCAUGGUGGGAUGGCAUGGUGGGAUGGCAUGGUGGGAUGGCAUGGUGGGAUGGCAUGGUGGGAUGGCAUGGUGGGAUGGCAUGGUGGGAUGGCAUGGUGGGAUGGCAUGGUGGGAUGGCAUGGUGGGAUGGCAUGGUGGGAUGGCAUGGUGGGAUGGCAUGGUGGGAUGGCAUGGUGGGAUGGCAUGGUGGGAUGGCAUGGUGGGAUGGCAUGGUGGGAUGGCAUGGUGGGGUGGCAUGGUGGGAUGGCAUGGUGGGAUGGCAUGGUGGGAUGGCAUGGUGGGUGGCAUGGUGGGAUGGCAUGGUGGGAUGGCAUGGUGGGAUGGCAUGGUGGGAUGGCAUGGUGGGAUGGCAUGGUGGGAUGGCAUGGUGGGAUGGCAUGGUGGGAUGGCAUGGUGGGAUGGCAUGGUGGGAUGGCAUGGUGGGAUGGCAUGGUGGGGUGGCAUGGUGGGAUGGCAUGGUGGGAUGGCAUGGUGGGAUGGCAUGGUGGGAUGGCAUGGUGGGAUGGCAUGGUGGGGUGGCAUGGUGGGAUGGCAUGGUGGGAUGGCAUGGUGGGAUGGCAUGGUGGGGUGGCAUGGUGGGAUGGCAUGGUCGGAUGGCAUGGUGGGAUGGCAUGGUGGGAUGGCAUGGUGGGAUGGCAUGGUGGGAUGGCAUGGUGGGAUGGGCACACAGUACGCAGCAGCGGAGGGUCUGGUGCGUCAGGUGCUACUGCUGCCAUCGCACCCGCUGGUACUCUUCCUCAACUUCGGGGUCUUCCAUCCACACCACCCGCUGCUCUCCGCCUUCCACCACUCCGCCGAGGCGCUGCUCAACCACCUCUCAGCCUACUACAGCGUCCCCGCUGUCAGCCCCUGGCGAGCCUACUUCCCCCUCCUUGCCACCGCAGCGUCCCCAACCUGCCCCGCCUCGGACGAACCUUCUUCCGAGCCUGCCGCCAAGCCUUGCGUGCUGUCCCCGCCGUCAUCUGAGCCUGCGGAGAACCUGACGUGGGAGCACAUGUUUGUGGACCGCGUGCAUCCCUCGGCUGCCGGCCACGGCAUGGCAGGCAGCCUGGCGGCCCACCGCAUCUUCUCCCUCGCCCUGCACUACCUGCGCCGUGAGGGCCUCGCUGUCUCCCGCCACCACCUGCGCCUCGACUGGGUGGAUGGCAAGGCGGCCCCCUCCACCCAGUCCGCGCUCCUCUGCCCGCCCACCUCCCUCUGCCGCAAGUGCUUCGGUGACCUGGGCUUCUCGGCCCUCGGCCCGCCACUCUCGGCGCCCUGCAUGCUGCCGCCGUUGCAGAGCGCGGCCGACCCGCACCCACGCUGUGUGCUGGGCAACACCUGGAACGUCACGGCCGUGGGCGCAGUAGAGAUCCCCGAGGGGUACACGGCUGUUAGAGAGGCUGCUUCUAAAGGGGAUGCGGCGAGUGUAAAGAGGAUUGCGGAGGCGAAUGCGACAUGGGUGCAGGAGGCGUGUGGACCGCUGGUGCCGCAGAUCCUGUGCUGGAAGGCCCAGGCUGCCCGCGCUCCUCUGCGUGUGGCUGUGGAUGUGCGGGGGGCUGCACGGGGCAUAGGCGUGGUGUACAAGAUGCUGGACUGGCAGAAGCAGGAGCACAAGAUGGACGGUGCAGAUGUAAAGGUGAAUGGCCGGGAUGUGGGGUUUUUACAGGUGCCUGUGGUGGGGAAUACUCUCACACACUGGAGGCUCAAUAGUAGCCUGAUUCGUUUAGAAGAUGGGGACGUGCGUGAGGGGUAUGUUUUAUUGACUAUUGUGCCGCGUACAAAAUGGUUUCACAUGGUGGCGGUGGUGGUUGAAUAA